AUGAAUCCCUCGCCUGCCCAGCUGCUGAACGCGUUCGGAGUUGUUGCUCCCACACCAGCUACUCCGGGUAUUGCUACAUUAAUGGCGUGGAAAAGCUUUUCCACAUGGGCUUGUGCUCUUCAAUUGGAGGGGGUGGCGGCGCAUGUCGCGGGGUUGGGCAGAAGACGUUGUGCCCAACUCCGAAUUCAGCGGGUGGUAAGGAAGGCUUUUGGGCUUGCGGGUCCAGGACACCCGGGAUGCUGUGGACGAACCCCAGCACCGGGAGGAGGACCCAGUUUAGCAGACAGCAUAGAAGGAGAGGGAUAG